AUCUCUACAUUAUACUAGAGAAAGGUUUCUCUGCGUGUUCAUUGUUGAAGGCUUGAAGCUUUGGCGCUCAAGAUGGAUUCUCAACUGCCACCGGCUCACCGACACACUUACGAAGAAGACCACCCACACCGCACAGGUCUCCAUACCGUUAUUGAAGGAGAAGAUGAAAAUCAUGAGAAGAAAUCAGUUUUACAGAAGGUGAAGGCUACGGCUAAGAAGUUAAAGGACACCCUUGGUAUUAAGAAGCAUGGCCACGGACACGAUCAUGAUCAUCCAGAGGUAGAAGAAGACGAUGAAGAAGAAGAAGAAUUCGACCAAGACCCGGAUGUUCAAGGAGCACCGAGUAUGUGCUCUGCUACCGGUAUUUACGUCAAUACUCGCUUAAUUUAUCUAAAACGAUUCUCACUCGGAUUUGCAGUAUACGAGUCAACAGUGACUCAGAUCGUCCUGACCCCGCGUGAGAAUAAGUUGGAGCAAUCCGGGGCUGGUUUGGGUCCUAUAUCGCAGUUUCCACCCUUGGAGAAAGAUCCUCAGGCACGGAAGGAACUGUUUGAACCAUCUGAUCCUGGAAAUUAUCAGACCAAAGCUACUGAUCCUACAGGCACAGGUGGCAAAGAAGCAGGGGUCACCCCCUUGGUUAGUUCGUUCGGAAAGAUGGAAAUUUCCAAUGAACCAGGUGAACAUAAACCGGAGUGGUCAUCCACCGAAAUUUACGAUCAGUUUUCCUCAGAUUUACCUCCCAUUAUAACCCAAACCACUGAAGAAAAUCUCCAAGCAGUUCCGAAAAGCUUCAAUGCCGGCGAACCGGACAAUUAUUCACAGGGCAGUAAUGUCCAGGAACAACCAAAUCAGAGCAAUUAUAGCGAGAAGAUUUCUGCGGUUACGUCUAUGAUUUCAGAGAAAGCAAUAUCUGCUAAAAACGUAGCCGCUUCAAAGCUUGGCUAUGGGGGAAACGAUGAUGCGGCAGAAGGCGGAGAUGCGAGUCAAUCAGGCACAAUAAGUGAAUAUGGCCGUAAGGUUGCUGAGACGGUGACCGAGAAAUUAGCCCCAGUGUACAAGACAGUUGCGGAGGCUGGAAGUGUGGUGGUGUCAAAGAUGCAGGGGACAGAAACGGAAACAGAUAACAAGGAUGUCGGAGUAACUGACAAGGGGGUAUCAAUGAAGGAAUACAUGGCGCAGAAGCUGAGACCAAGUGAUGAAGAUAAAGCGCUCUCUGAGGUCAUAUCGGAGGCAUUGCAUAAGCGCGAGGGGGAGGAGUCAAAGAAGGUGUUGCGGAGGCAGGAGAAUAUGACUCAGCCACCCGAGGUCGUUAGGCGAGUGGGAUCUGAUAACGACGAUAACACGCCGGAGGGAAUGAGCUCAAACAACGAGGAUGGGAAGAGAAUGAUGGAUAGUUUCAAAGGAACGUCAUAA